CCAGCAGCCCCUGCGCUUCCUCUUCCCGGCGUCACCUGUUGCUCUGGGCGGCCAAGAUGGCGGCGCGCUGGAGCAGCGAGAACGUGGUGGUGGAGUUUCGGGACUCGCAGGCAACUGCUAUGUCGGUAGACUGCCUUGGACAGCAUGCAGUGCUCUCUGGGCGCCGUUUCCUAUACAUAGUUAACCUGGAUGUGCCGACCGAAGGUCACCGCAAGAUCUCGCGUCAGAGCAAGUGGGACAUCGGAGCUGUCCAGUGGAAUCCACAUGAUAGCUGUGCAUACUACUUUGCAGCUUCAAGCAAUCAGCGAGUUGACCUGUAUAAAUGGAAAGAUGGUAACGGGGAAGUUUGCACAUCACUGCAAGGGCACACACGUGUGAUCAGUGACUUGGACUGGGCAGUGUUUGAGCCUGACCUUCUGGUCACCAGUUCUGUUGACACAUACAUCUACAUUUGGGAUAUCAAAGACACGAGAAAACCUACAGUCUCGCUUUCUGCAGUUGCUGGAGCUUCCCAGGUCAAAUGGAACAAGAAAAAUGCAAACUGUUUAGCAACCAGCCAUGAUGGAGAUGUUCGUAUAUGGGACAAACGGAAACCCAACACUGCAGUUGAGUACUUGGCAGCUCAUCUUUAUAAAAUCCAUGGCCUAGAUUGGCAUCCAGACAAUGAGUAUACCCUGGCUACCUCUAGCCAGGACAACUCUGUCCGGUUCUGGGAUUACCGUCAGCCUCGGAAAUACCUCAAUAUCCUCUCCUGCCAGGUUCCAGUCUGGAAGGCAAGAUACACGCCUUUCAGCAGUGGGCUGGUGACCGUGAUGGUUCCCCAACUCCGGCGGGAAAACAGCCUCCUCCUUUGGAAUGUUUUUGACCUGAACACACCAGUCCACACUUUUGUGGGACAUGAUGAUGUAGUUUUGGAGUUUCAGUGGCGAAAACAGAAGGAAGGCUCCAAAGACUACCAGCUAGUCACAUGGUCUCGUGACCAGACCCUGAGGAUGUGGCGGGUGGAUUCCCAACUGCAGAGGCUGUGCGCUAAUGAUAUCCUGGAUGGAGUUGAUGAGCUCAUAGAUGGGAUUUCUCUUCUGCCAGAACCCGACAAGACUCUCCAUACCCAGGAUUCUGAAUCCCAGCAUAACUCUGGGCAUGGGGAUGAGGAAGCCUUAAAAGAAGACUUCCAGAACAAAUUUCUGGCGGGAAAGAAAUCAGACCAGCCGGGUCUGCCGCAAACACUACAACAAGAGUUUUCCCUGAUCAACGUGCAAAUCCGAAAUGUCAAUGUGGAGAUGGAUGCAGGGAAUCGUAGCUGCACAGUGUCUGUACACUGUGGCAGCCACAUAGUCACAAUGCUGGUGAUGUUCCCUGUGCAGUAUCCCAAUAAUGCUGCACCUUCCUUCCAGUUUGUCCAGCAUACCAAUAUCACUCCCCCAAUGAAAACAAAGCUGCUGAAGGUCUUACAGGACACUUCUUUGCAGAAAGUGAAACGGAACCAGAGCUGCCUGGAGCCUUGUUUGCGUCAGCUGGUUUCCUGGCUAGAGUCUGUUGUGAACCAAGAAGACAGCACCACCAGCAAUCGGUAUGCUCUAGCAAACUCUGUAACACCACCCUUGCCUACAUUCGCCCGGGUCUCCAAUGCCUACGGGUCAUACCAGGAUUCCAACAUCCCCUUUCCACGGACCUCUGGAGCCAGGUUCUGUGGUGCAGGUUACCUAGUAUAUUUCACAAGACCCAUGACAAUGCACCGGGCAGUUUCUCCAACGGAGCCCACUCCCAGAUCUCUGUCUGCUUUAUCAGCCUAUCACAGUGGGCUAAUCACACCAAUGAAGAUUCGUACAGAGACUCCAGGCAAUCUGCGUUUGUACAGUGGGAGUCCCACUCGCAGCGAGAAGGAGCAGGUCUCCAUCAGUUCUUUCUACUACAAGGAGAGGAUGUCUCCUCGCUCUGCCCGACGACGUUGGUCUAUACAAGCAAUUAACGACUUCCCGAAAUCAAGGAGAUGGAAAAGCAAACGAGAAGGGACAGAUGCCAACAACCGACCCAUCAAAGCUGCUGGGAAAGUCAUCAUCCAGGACAUCUCUUGUCUGCUUCCUGUGCAUAAAUCACUAGGAGAGCUAUACGUACUGAAUGUGAAUAACAUUCAGGAGACCUGCCAGAAGAAUGCAGCCUCAGCCCUAGCAAUUGGACGUAGGGAUCUUGUACAGGUUUGGUCUCUGGCUACAGUAGCCACCGAUCUUCGUCUUGGGCCAAAACCUGACCCAGAUUUGGAGAUGCCCUGGGCCCAACAUCCAUUUGGACGUCAGCUGCUGGAGUCUCUGCUGGCUCAUUACUCUCAGCUCCAUGAUGUGCAGACACUGGCUAUGCUGUGCAGUGUGUUUGAGGCCCAGUCCAGACUGCAGGGAUGUCCAAAUUCAUGUGCACCCUUCCCUCAGCGGUCUUGCAACAUGGUCUCCCACAGCCGAUAUCCCAGCUUUACAUCCUCAGGCUCCUGUUCCAGCAUGUCAGAUCCUGGACUCGGCACUGGAGGCUGGAACAUAGCAAGCAAAGAGUCAGAGCAUUCAUCCACUCCCUGGUGCGAGUCUUCCCCUGAAGACUUCCGCUUCGGAAACUUAACAUACACUGACCAUCGAGAGCGUGAGAAAGAUCAACAUGAAAAAAACAAAAGGCUCCUGGACCCUGCCAAUGCUCAGCAGUUUGAUGACUUCAAGAAAUGCUAUGGAGAAAUCCUUUAUCGCUGGGGUCUGCGAGAAAAGCGAGCUGAAGUUCUAAAGUUUGUCUCUUGUCCCCCAGACCCUCACAAGGGAAUUGAGUUUGGGGUGUACUGCAGUCACUGCCGCAGUGAAGUGCGGGGCACCCAGUGUGCCAUCUGCAAGGGCUUCACUUUCCAGUGUGCUAUCUGCCAUGUGGCAGUGCGAGGCUCCUCCAAUUUCUGCUUGACCUGUGGACAUGGGGGACACACCAGUCACAUGAUGGAAUGGUUUCGCACCCAGGAGGUGUGUCCUACUGGCUGUGGGUGCCACUGCCUGCUUGAAAGUACAUUCUGAAAACACCUGGCAAGAGCAGACAGCAUCAGUGGAACUAGAUUCGAUACUUCGCUCCUAAGCUGGGGUCCUUUUCACAGCAUCUGUCAAGAAUGCCCAUUGGAGCUGAAGUGGGAUUUUUCCGGUUGUGCAUUGCAGUGAUGUUAAUAAGUGCUUCCAGUCUUCCAGCAGCUUCCCAGAUUGUGUUGGGCUUAGAUGACCGUACUUCCUGUAUUCAUUGCUGGCAAUGGAUGCUGUACCAGAAAAAAUAUGCUCUACUACAGAAGGAUGAGUUGUGGUUAGUUUCCAUUGGCCAAAGGGGCAUCUUUAAUUUCUUUUGCAGAACACCUGUCUCAGCUGGCAGGGUCAAAUUUGUUCAGAAUUUUUCUAGAUGCUUCCUAGCAAGAGACCAAGUUGGACAAAAAACAAAUUCCUUAAAAGUCAGAAUAAUUCACAGGCACAAUGGGAUUUCAAAUCUGUCUGUAUUGGAAGAGCGAAUGGUCAGUGGACUUCCAUGCUAAGACACUUCAGUACCAAGGAGUUGGAGGAAAAUGUUAAUAACUUUUGUUCUGACCUGCCAUUUAUUGACCUAAUAGUUCUGUUUGUCGUACAAAAGGAAAAAAAACUACCUUUUUUAAAGACUGUUUCCUAAAGUUUCUUAUUCAGCAGGUCAUUAUCCAUAGCUGGUAUAAAAAUCCCAGACACAUGGCCAAGGUCACUAAGUCGUUGCCUUCUAGCAAGUUUAGCAUUAUUACUCCUUAGCGGGGGGUUCCAUUUUGUUCCUAUUGGGUGGAAAGAUGCACUUUAAGCCACCUAUCCCUGCCUUGUCAGAAAGACACUUAGUGGCAGGCAAGGGCUCGGUAUGCCUGGGCCUUGGAUUAGCUCAGUCCCUGUGGAGUGAUGGGUCCUGCCUCUUCCAGUCUGAGAUCUGCUAUAUGAAUAUGUGUUUGGAAGUGUGUGGAGGCACUUCAGAAAGCUUCUUCACUCCCUGUACAUGAAGAACAGGGAUGAAGUUCUGUGAGAGUCCUGUCAGCUGUCUCUUUUGGGGUAUCCCUCCAUACCUUUAUCAGGGCUCAAUGUAUAAUUCAAGACUCAUUUCUGGAGAAAGCUUGUAAACUUGUGUGUUGGAGCUUACUAAAUAGUGUGGCAGCAAUUUCAGGAAGAUGGCAAGAAAGUCUGCCUGUCAGAUGGAAUGCUGGGAUUUGCAGAGGUGAUGAAUUUCCUUUUUCACAAAAGUUCAUAUGUGAAGAUUAAUUUGCAAUUACCAGUUUCCUUUCCAAGGGACCAUGUGUACAUCUGUUCACUUAUGCAGAUGCUACUUAUAUUUAGGCAACUGUGAAUGUAAAUCAGGCAAGCAGCCUGAACAUGUCUUAGGUUGGACCGAGUCCAAGCUGCUGGUCUCAACCUUUGACCCCAAGCAAAUAAUUGUCAGUCUUGUCCUACCUAGAAUUAGCUCUAAUCUUGGUGACAUCACAGGAAUACAUCCCUUGGACUCCACCUCUGUACAUGAAUAUGUUUCUUAUCUUCUGAAAUGCCUCAUCCUAAAUCAGGCAUUGAAAUCCUGUGAGUAAACUGAUCAUGUAUCCAAGUAAUAAAAUUAUUUUUUUAACUUGA